GGAAAUGUCUUCUCUCCGUUGGACCGUUCUUACGCUGCCAGUAUAAUAGACCGCGCCCCACGAAUUCAAAGCGACACAUAUGAUAAGGCGUUUGACGACGCCAAGCUUCGCGUUGAUGCCGAGGCGCGUCAAACGCUUCAGAACCAAUCGGAGAAGAUAGAGGUGGUUUUCAUUCUCCAGAGUCGACCCCAAUAUUAUGUAGAUAUCACAGCUUCCAACUCUCAACAAGACACUCUCUCCCAUGGAAGAAUCGCGGGGCUAAAGGCCAAAUCGUCGUCUCACCGCCCUGUUCCAUUUUCUCUUUUCUUCCAUAAUCCUCUAUCGUCCGUCGAUUGCCCUCGGAUUUUGCUACUCUUCCACGUGCUCGUUGAGCUAGGUACCUGGUACGCUAGGCGUUGCAACUUGAUUUAUCAUCACUAUUGA